UCUGUAAUUUCGAUCAGGCAGUAAUUUAGACAGUUGACGUAGAGGUCCUCAGAGCCGAAGCGCAUGUGAUGUGACGACGAAUACUGCGCGCGCGAGCUGCUGUGAAGGUCUUUUGAGGCACUAUGGCGUUUAACUUUGGACAAGCGGGCACUGGGGGCUUUAGCUUUGGACCCCCCAAAACUACGGCGGCAGCCCCGACGGGCUUCGGCCUGCAGACCAGCGCUCCUGCAGGGGGGGGCUUCUCUUUCGGGGCCAGCCAACCCCAGACUCAGACCUUUGGCCAACCCCAGACUCAGACCUUAACCCAACCCCAGACUCAGACCUUUGGCCAACCCCAGACUCAGACCUUUGGCCAACCCCAACCCCAACCUCAGACUCAGACCUUUGGCCAACCCCAACCCCAGACUCAGACCUUUGGCCAACCCCAGACCCUGACUCAGACCUUUGGCCAACCUCAACCCCAGACCCAGACUCAGACCUUUGGCCAACCUCAACCCCAGACCCAGACUCAGACCUUUGGAAACCCACCGCAGCAGUCUCAGAUCGCUGGACUCCUCGCACAGCCCACGCCGAACAAUGGAAGCACACAAGGUGGAUUCAGCUUCGGAGCCCAGGCUCCGAGCAGCACAUCUGGGGGAGGCUUCUCUUUUGGCGCCUCCCUUCCUAAACUCAGCACACCUGCAGCAGCUCAACCUGUGACCACAGGCAUGACUCUGGGGGCUUCACCUGCCGGGACUGGCUUCACUCUCGGAGGUCUGGCUCCACAGACUACAGCGGCCCAGCAGCCUAUGGGGGGAUUCAGCUUUGGGGCGGCCAAAGUUCAGGCGGCCUCCGUUGCCCCGACACAGCCCAGCCCUGCGCUCUCACUGGGGGUUCAGCCCACAGGUCUGACUCUUGGGUCUUCAACUGCCUCCACAGCCUCAACAACCGCAAUUAACUUUGGAAUUAAAACUUCAGCCACCCCAGCUCCCGCUAGCUCUGCUUCAACAAGUCAGUCCAUGGCGGCUCCAAUAUCCUCUCUUUUUGCGAAUCCUAUAGCCUCAACACCAGCCACAGGAUUCACAUUGGGCGCCUCGAUGGCCUCCGUGGCUCCUGUGAUGACCUCAGCAUCCAUCGCUCCCACAAGCCUGUCCCUGAAGCCUCUGGGAGCGGCUCCUGCUGUAACCUCAGCUAUUGCUAGCACUGGAGUUAGUACUGGCUUUUCUCUGGGGCUGAAGACUAUAGCAUCCACUGCACCAGCCACCACCACCUCGACCUCCGUCCUCACAACCAGCACUGCUCCGGUGAUGUCAUAUGCUCAGCUGGAGGCUUUGAUCAACAAGUGGAGCUCAGAGCUGGAAGACCAAGAACGACACUUUCUCCAGCAGGCCACUCAGGUCAACGCCUGGGACCGCAUGCUGGUGGAGAACGGAGAGAAGAUUACUUCUUUACAUAAAGAUAUGGAGAAAGUGAAACUGGACCAGCGAAGGCUGGAUCAAGAGCUGGAUUUCAUCCUGUCCCAGCAGAAAGAGCUGGAGGAUCUCCUCAGUCCGUUAGAGGAGUCUGUGAAAGAGCAAAGUGGAACCAUUUACAUGCAGAAUGCAGAUGAAGAGCGAGAGAGAACGUACAAGUUGGCAGAAAAUGUGGAUGCCCAACUCAAGAGAAUGUCCCAAGAUCUGAAAGAGAUUAUUGAACACCUCAACACAUCCAGCGGACCUGGAGACACCACCGACCCGCUUCAGCAGAUCUGCAAAAUCCUGAAUGCACAUAUGGACUCCCUACAGUGGGUAGAACAAAACUCUGUGUUACUCCAGAGGCGUGUGGAGGAGGUCUCGAAGGUGUGUGAAAGCCGCAGCAAGGAACAGGAGAAGAGCUUUCGUUUAAACUUCCAGUGAACAUGCAUAAAAUAUGAUUUUCAAUCAGAUGUAAAUGAAUGUCAUUGUUUUUGUUAUUUGCUUCAAAAUAAAAUCAUUUCUUUUACCUGA